AUGUCUAGCCGAUUAUUAAAAAAGUUCUUAAAGGAACAAAAUAGAGAUGAGAUAAAUAAAAUAACCCAAUCUGUGGAUGCAGAAUCGUUACCCCUAAAUCCUUCUCCUAAAAAAAAAAAACAAAUUUUCAAAUAUUUAGAAGAAUCACAAAAUGAUGAAGAUACAAGUGAAAGUACGAGUCAGAUGGAGGAAGAUGGGAAAUCAACCAUUUCUAGCAAAAAUGCACAAAGUCAAAAUAAACAAAAAAAAGGGGGUGUAAGUAAAAAAGAGACCGAACAACAUACAAAACAAGAAACAGAAGAAAAUAAAAAGAAAAAGAAGAAGAAAAAAAAAAAGAAAAAAAAUAAAGAUGACGAAUUCGAAGAAUUAUUAAAUCAAAUUGGUGAAGAGCAAGGUGAGAAACAAGAACAAGAACUAAAUAUUAAAACACCCAAAACCCCAAGCAACAAUAAUAGCAUUACCAAUAGUAAUGAAUUACUGAAGGAAGAUCAUGAAUUAAAGGAAGAAGUCCAGCUUUGGGCAUGUACACAUGAAAAAUAUAAAUAUUGCUUGAAAUUAGAAAAAAGUAAUUUUGAUGUAAAUGUAGAAUUGAAAAGAAUAUUUGGUAAAGAUUUUGUUAAAGAAAACAAAUUUGUUAAAAAAAGUAAAAUCAAAUAUUUGAAAAAUUGGCUAGUUCAAGAUUAUAGUACAAAAACAAUACAAACACCAUUAACCAUGAAAUAUAUUGACAAUGAAUUUAAAAUCGAAAAAGAAAAACUAUAUUUAGAAGCAGAAAAUUUAUUCUAUUUAUUAUUAGAUACACAUGAUAUACAAUCAAUGAAUGAUCUAGUAAAAAGAUUUCCAUUUCAUAUAGAUACACUAUUAAUAUUAGCUGAAUAUUAUAAUGAAACAAAUAAUUAUGAGGUAGCUAAUCAGUAUAUUAAAAUGUCUUUAUUAUUAUUACAAAGUAUUUUUCAUAUGAAUUUUAAUAUAGAUUAUAUAAAUAAUAAUAAUAAAAUAUAUGUUAAUCCACAAUUAUAUGAUAAUAAAGUUUUAUUUAAAACUUUAUAUAUGCAUAUGCAAUCUCUUGAAUAUGAAGGGUGCACUAUAACAUCAUUAGAAAUUGCAAAACUUUUGUGUAAAAUUGAUUUAUGCAAUGACUUAUGUGGUAUACUUUUAAGAAUUGAUGGGCUUAUGUUAAAAGGAAAUGUUUUAGAAUUUUUGAUUUUUUUCUCAUUCAAUUUUAUCCUUCAAAAUGCUCAUUAUGUUAUGCCACUAUCUAGAACUAGCGAAAUUAUAUCAGAUUUUUUUUUUAACAAAAAUAAUGUUAAAAAUGAUGAAAAUAGUACUACGACAAAAUUAAAUUCAAAUGAGGAAAUAUCUCAUAAUAUUUCUACUAACCAUCAAAAUACUAAUGAUAUAUCAAAAAUGGGAGAAAAUAUGUCUUCAUUAAAACGACAGGAUGAAAACAUUUUCACUGAUGACAAAAAAGUUUAUGAACAGUUCAGUCAAAAUAAUGAUUUUACUAAAAAAUUACCUGAACAAGAUAGAAAUAAUGGCAAAUUGGAUUAUUUACAAAAUACACACACAAAAAAAAAAUAUGAUUUUCAAAAUUAUGAAAUUAGACUUCAUUUUAUUUUACCAAAUUUUGCCUUUUCUAUACCAUUAUGUUUAUAUCUAAAAAAUAAUACUUAUGUAAAUUAUGAUGAAAUUCAUAAAAUUAAAAAAAGUGAUAUAUUAUCUUCUUUUUCUUAUGAAGAAUGUAAAUUUUUAAUUCCACAUUUUAAUAUAAAUUUUAAUUGUUAUUGGGGUAAUAAUAAUGUUAACAACAUAUGUGAAAAAAAAAAUAUGUUGUAUUCUUUAUCAUAUUCUGCUCAUUUAUUCUUAACUAGGGCAUUAUUAUUUUACCCCGAUUUUGUUCAAAUAUUUGUAAAAUAUAAUAAUUUUAAUACAACAAAAAUUGUUAAAAAUACUAUAUAUGAUAUAACCUUUAAGCAUAUAUUAUCACAUCCCCCAUUUUCAGACAAUACAUUAUUUAGUAAUAAAGAAGAAUAUGAAAUUGUCCAAAAACUCAUAUUAGCUUAUUUGGAAAAAAAUAAUAUAUAUUAUAAAUCUGAGAAAAUGAUUACCUGGAUACAUGUGUGCAGUGCAUUUAUACACGAAAUGUAUAAGGAUGAAUUAGUGGCCAAGGAAAUCGAUGAAGUACGAAAACAAUGGCACAGAAGAAUUCCACUUUUAGAUAUAAAUAAAUAUAAAGGAGUACGAGUGAGUGAAUUUAAAUCCAGAAAUUAUUUAUUACCCAAUUUCAUGAUGGAAAAAACUGAAUCACGUCCACCUCCUGUCCCAAGCACAACAUCACAAUAUUAUGUCUCAUUAGAUAGCAACGUACUCGUAGCUUUUUUUCAAUGUUUGCUUCCUUGGUAUCAAGUAGACUAUUAUGGGACCCAAUCACGACCUGUGUAUUUGGGGACAAUAUUGGAAGCAGUAGUAAAAGAAACUAAGCGUUUUUUAAAUAUUUAA